AUGGUUUCUGGACCGAAAAAAAAAUUAAUCACGGGUAUUGAAAAUGAGACUCUUUUGCGGUUGGAAAAGUCAAAAAUCAAAGUAAAAAUGAACCUGGAAAAGCAACGCGACAAUGACGAGGAAUCAACUGAUGAGGUGCAGUACAAGGAGCCGGAAAUUGACGAGCUGGUCGAGCAGCGAACAAGGGAACUGGAACAGUACGUGAAGCAUAAGAAGGAUCGAGCAGUACUGGAAGCCAAAACACAGUUGCGAGCAAAUGAUUAA